GAAACAUCCCUGAGAAGGUGGGUGUGGACCAUGGCCUCCCACGCUUCCCCUGGGCUGUCCUGGACGUUGGCAGGUUCUGUGGUGUGAGGGGUCCGUCUCUCAGAGAAGCCUCCCACAGCGAAUUCCUGCCCCCCUGAGGAACUGAGCGGAACUCAGGCGCGUGUCCAUGGUUGCCGAACGUGCCCUAUUCAGCCCCUCUCCAGAAGGACAAAGGAGAGAGAUUAAUUGGCACCAAAGUGUUGGAAAGAACCAGCAUGUGCUGACCUAUUUAAGAUGGAUCGAGGACAUUCUAGAGAGAGUCUCUAGAGCUCAGUUCUUGUAAAGCUUCAGUGCUGAAGUCAAAACAGGAUGAAGGAUCCCGGGGGCCACCCUCGACAUGCAGGACUCCCCGAUGCCCGGGAACAUGGGUCCCCUCAAGCAGCCUCGGGGCAGCGCGAGGCCGCCCUUGGCCCUGAACCCCCUGAAGAGCCAGAAGGUGCUGGCGGUGCUGGCCGAGCGCAACCAGACGGUGAUGCCCGUCGGGGCUUGGGUGGAGCCGGCCCUGCCCGACCGGUCGGAAGUCCCCGCGCAUGUUUCAGCAUAUAGGAUCGAAGAAGAACUAAAGGAACAACUAAGAAAAAAACAAGAAGCCUUAAAGCAUUUUCAGAGACAAGUCAAACAUCGAGUAAAUCAGCAAAUUAAGCUGAGAAAAAAGCAGCAGCUUCAGAAGUUUUAUGAAGCAGCAGAAAAAGAAGGCUUCGUAGCCACGCAUUCUUCAGAACCGGCCCUCUUGACUCCUAGAAGCAGCAACAUUUUCCCAAGCAAUUUGAAUGCUGCCAGGGGGAGUGAGAAUAGACUAGAAGACAGAGAGACUCAAAAUGGAUCAUUCCAACAACAAGCCCAGGCUCUCUGUCAGACCAUGAAGAAGGCACGUCACCAGCUGGCGUCCUUGAAAACCGUGAGUCACAAGGACGCACCUCUGCUCCCUGGGGGCCUGAGAACAAGCUCUCCCACCAGAGAGGAAACUAACUCUAAAGAAUUUUCAUCUGUUUUCAUCGACAUCGAUGAGAAAGGCAAAGAGAAUUUGAUUGGGGGGGACCAGCAGGGCCUCCUUUCUGAGGAGGGGAACAUCCCUGUGGUCAGAGUGCAGAAAGUACAACUCAGAAAUUCAGUAUUUGAUGUUAUGGACAAAGAAAAGAUAGAGCAGUUUCGCCUCCUGGAUCUUCAGAAUAUUUCAGAAGGUUAUCUGUUGGAAACUAAGGAUGUUUGGACAGAAAUCCAGACCACCGAGCCUGAUAUCCAUGCUGCCAAACCUGCAGCACUGGCUGCUGAGACAGAAACUGAGGAAAUUAUGUUAGAAAACCAGAGCAUUGAGCUAGCAGACAGGAGAGCUGGGCUGGAAGGCAGGAUUUUCCUGUCUCCAAAGCAGCAUGUUCUGUCUAAAGAUCUGGGUGUUUUACCCAAAGGCCAUGGGAAUGAGGACCAGGACUUUCUACUUAGAGAGGGCUUUUUAUCCAAAGACCAGCAUCUUACACACAAAUUUGAGGACCAGGAUUUUCUGCCUAAAGUUCAGGCUUUCUUACCCAAAGGCCAACAUAUUCCUCAGAAAUCUGAGCACCAGGCCCUUCUACCUACAGAUCAGGAUUUUCUACUCAGUGGCCAGAGUCUUCCUCAGAAAUCUGAGCACCAGGAUCUUCUACCUAAAGAUCAGGGUGUUCUACUCAGUAGCCAGACUCUUCCUCAUGAGUAUGAGGACCAGGCUCUUCUACCUAAAGAUAAGGAUUUUCUACUCAGUGGCCAGAAUCUUCCUCAUGAGUAUGAGGACCAGGAUUCUCCACUUAAAGACCAAAAUUUUCGAUUUGACAACCUUCAUUUUUCUCACAAGAGUGAGAAACAGGAUUUUCCACCCAAAUACCAGGAUAUUCUACCCAAAGGCCAGAGGAUUUCUAAAAAUAAUGAGGGUCAGGAUUUUCUACCCAAAGGCCACAGUAUUCCUCAUAAAUAUGAGGACUCGGAUUUACCACCCAAAGGCCAGAAUGUUCCUUACAAAUAUGAGGACCAGAAUUUUCUACCCAAAGGCCAGAAUGUUCCUCACAAAUAUGAGGACCAGGAUUUCAAAGACCAGGAUUUUCUACCUAAAGGCCAGAAUAUUUCUCAUAAGUAUGAGGACCAGGAUUUUCUACCCAAAGGCCAGAGUGCUCCCCAUACAUGUAAGGACCAGGAUUUUCUAUUCAGUGGUCAGAGUAUUUCUCAGAAGUAUAAGAACCAGGAUUUUUCACCCAAAGACCAGGAUUUUCUUCCCAAAGGCCAGAGAAUUUCUAGCAAAUAUAAGGACCAGCAUUUUCUACCAAAAGGCCAGAAGGUUCCUCACACAUAUGAGGACCAGGAUUUUCUACCCAGUGGCCAGAGUAUUUCUCACAAGUAUAAGGACCGGGAUUUUCCACCCAAAGACCAAGAUUUUCUACACAAAGGCCAGAAUGUUCCUCACAAAUAUGAGAACCAGGAUUUUCUACCUAGUGGCCAGAGUAUUUCUCACAAGUAUAAGGACCAGGAUUUUCUUCCCAAAGGCCAGAGGAUUUCUCACAAAUAUAUGGACCAGGAUUUUCUACUCAAAGGCCAGCAUGAUCGUCACAAAUAUGAGGACCAGGAUUUUUCACUUAAAGACAAGGGUUUUGUGCCCAAAGGCCAGAAUAUUCCACACAAAUAUAAAGACCAGGAUUUUCUAUGUAAAAACCAAGAUUUUCUAUUUGAAGACCCAUGUUUUCCUCACAAACGUGAGAGACAGGAUUUCCAACCUACAGACCAGGAUUCUUUGCCCAAAGGGCAAAGAUAUGUGGACAUGGGUUUUCUACCCAAAGAUCAGCAUAUUCUUUCCUUAGAUCAGAAUAUGCUAAGCAAGUAUCAGGACCAGGGGUUUCUAUCCAAGAAUCAGAAUAUUAUGCUCAACUUUCUGGAUCAAGGUUCUCUACUUGAAGACCAGGAGAUUCUAUGCAAACAGGACCAGGAUUUUCUCCACAGUGAGCAGAAUAGUCCUUCCAAGUAUCAGAACCAGGAUUUUGUAUCUAAAGAGCAGAAUACUUUAUCCACCUAUCAGGAGCAGGAUGUUUUACCCAAGAGCCACCAGGACUUUUUACCUAUAUAUCAGGAAAAGUAUUUUAAGCAGCCAUCAUCUGCCUUGGCUUCUGGAAGAUGGUUAAAAGAGUGGCCACCAAUCGUCCAGCAGCACCUUCCACCCAGGCUUCAAGGCCAGCCCAGUGCCAGAGAUCAGUUAGACCAAAAGGAAGAAGAAAAGGAUCAGCAGGAAACAGCAUGUGUAAGGCAGCCAGCGCCAAUCUUGAUAGGUAGGCGAGGAAGAGAGGCUCUUCCUUUGGAUGCCCAUCAGGAUUUCCCACAUGGUCAUGGAGAUGAGGCUUUCACCAGGGACAAGAAAGUACGCUUCAAGGAACCACAGAGAGGCUUUUCCCCAUCUAAUUAUCAGUAUCUCUCUCCUCAGCACCAGAACCUUGCCUUCUUCAGAGAUCAGGACACACAUAUCAAGAAACCUUCAAGUACUGAGAGAUGGGCUGUUGAAAGAGGGCCAUCUGGAAGGCUAGGAGCACGUUUGGGCCAAUAUUCAAGAACUUGGCACACACUAAUAAACUUACAACCCACAAAGCAACCAUCUGUUGGGACAGCUGAAAGAUGGAAAGAGGGCUUGCUUCCAGAUGGCUCUGAGCAUCUUCCACCAAAGAUACAGAAAGGAACUUCCCGAAGAACACAGGUUUAUGAAGAUGGUCAGUCAGGACUGAACUCAGAAUUUCAAACUUCUCUGGCAUUUCAGUCUGGAGUAGAUCAAGAAGACAAGAAAGAGCGUCAAAAGCAGUUCCUGAGAUUUAGACGGCUUUUUAUGGAUAUUGAAAGGGAACAAGUAAAGGAACAACAGAGGCAAAAAGAACUUAAGAAGAAAGUUGAAAAAAUUAAGAAAAAGAAAGAGCAGCAGCGUCAUGCAGAAGAGCAGCAGAUAAUAAUGAAUUUGCAGGAGGAGCCUUACUCAGGGGAGGAGAUAGUUCCCGAUGACCAGCUACGACUCGAGAAAAGAGAAGAAUCCAGAGAAAGAAAGCAGAGAGAAAAGGAACAUCAGAGGUAUCUAGAAGCUCUAAGAAUCCAGAUCCAGGAGAAACUGCAGCUGAAUAAUAUCAUCUUGCCUGCGCUGUGCUGUUGUGGCCCCGAGUUCUGGGACGCGCAUCCUGAUACCUGCGCCAAUAACUGCAUCUUCUACAAAAAUCACAGAGCAUAUACCCGCGCACUGCAUUCUGUCAUCAAUUCCUGUGAUAUCCCUGAAGGACACUCAGGUCUUCGCAAGGCCAUCCAUAAUUAUGUUUUUGCAUACAAACAGACUUUGAAAAUUUGUAAUGAGAACCUGAAAUCAAGUGUUAAUAUUUCAAACUUCACUUAAAAUCAACCCUGAGAGAUUAUGUCGAAGAAGCCUUGAAGUGUAUAAAUGUAGACUUGGAAAGGACUGACCCAUGUAAUGGCGGUCUCUCCAAGCCUGUGGUCACUGUUGUUUCAGGCUCCACCUCGGGGCCAGGAGUGAGAGCUUCUCUCUGAACUUUUCUCGGCUGUGAGCAUCAUGGGAGUAUCUGGGGAGAGAGCUCAGAAGCGUGCUGUACUCGAAGCACAUGCUCUGCUCGUGCUGUGCCCGAAGCGUGCCCGCCUCUCAGUCCAGAGAGUUUCCUCUUCACUCUGCUCAGAUUGGAAGAGAUCAUAAGAAAUCUUCAGAUGAUCCCAUUCACGGUUUUUCUAGAAUGAGACCUUUGCAUCUGGACAAGAUGAAAAAUAUCUAUGAAGUUGAAAAGAUAAUAAUGAAAUUUUAGUUGGUGACCAUCUGGAUUGUGGUCAGCUUUUUGCCUUGUGUAUAAUGAUUAGUGAUGAGGAGAAUCUGAUGAACUUUUUCUUCACAUUUUUUCUUUAAAAAAUUAUGGCCACUUUUCUCAUGCAGCAAUAUUGGACAUAGAACAUUUUACUUUAUAUAUAUUUAUUAUAUUAAAAAAAC